AUGGCUGUCAACUAUUGGAGAGAGAGUCUUGGAAUUUGGGAGGUUUAUGCCAAAUUUGCCGCUGUUUAUCCAGAGAAUACAAGUAAUCUGAUUUUCAUCCUUCAGAACGUUCAAAUGCUGAAAGAUCGUUCUCCUGUUGCAAACAUUGUAUGUACAAGCAUCAAAAGCAUCAUAAACACAAGAGAAACGAGAUUCACUCCACAAAUCAAGAACAAAAUAUCCAAGAUGACCAAGGAAUUCACAAAAACAAAGAAUAGAUUAAGAAAUAUUUGGGAUUUAAUCCUUCAAGGUGCAACAAAUGACUUGGGAAGCUCAAUAAAACUUGCCUAUGAAUCAGUUAAAGACUCCGAGAGUGAUAUCAACUAUUUAAUGACGCUCUUUCCAAAUAAUAAAUUUGUUGCUCGCCAACACGCGAAGUUUUUGUAUGAAAUCAAGUGCGAUGUGCUAGAAUACAAGAAGAAGAUGGAAGAUGUUUCAAAAUUAAGCCGUGGAUUGAGAAUUCAGAAAGAUGUUGUUCAUGAAUUAGGAAUGCAAGCAAUUCCAACAAUUCCUGAGUCAUCAACAGAAUCACAAGAUACAUCUGUUAAAUCCCUGGUCAAUGUUGAAACAGAAUCAUUAAAUAUUGAUGAGAAUUCCAUAGAAGAUGAUGUUUCAAUCGACGCUCACAAUUCAAUUUCAAAGCAGAUUGAAAAUCACGUCAUUCCUUCAAUUCAUUUAAUGUAUUGCACAACAAUAGUUGCAUAUAUUUUCUUGAUUUUAAUUCCUUUUAUUGUAUUGAAUGUACUAUUCAAUUUCUUCUCAAAUGAAUUGAGAAAGCCCAUUGAAUAUAUGCAAGGAAUCGCUUUUGUGAGAAAUCUAGUGAAUAUGAUGCCAGCAUUUGUUGGCAAACAUCUUCUCCAGUACAUGCCAGAUCCAACUGACCCAACAGGAACAAAAAUGAUCCUUGACGGAGUGAAAUUUAUGAAAAGAUUUCCAUUUAACGCUUACGGAGGCGAAAAAACAACUAGAGAAAUAGUUAGUUACUUAGCUAUGAGUGUUGCCUCGGCAAAUGAAAUGAUUUCUCCACUCAGACAUUUCAAAUACGAAAAUAAAAUCAUUUCUUCCGUGAGAGACCAACUAUUCUCAACGACAUCCAAGUACUAUUAUUACGUGAACACUUCAUAUUUCACGGAAACAGAUACUUCUUCCGUUCAAAUUUCCUUCAUGCUCUCAGCGAAUAUUUUGAAAUUAGUCGCAGUCCCUGUUGUUACAGCUGAACUCGCCAAGGGACCGGACUCAAUCACAAGCAGAAACAAUAACAACCUCAUAACAGCAUCAAUGAACACUGCUUUAACAUUGAUGGUCGAUUAUAUCAAAGAACAAUAUUAUAUUCACCAGAAAAUCAUCAAAUUCACGUUCAUUGCACUCCUUGCUGUUAAUGUUAUUGCAUACGCUAUAAUAUUUUUAGUCCAAAUCAAGAAGCUGAAGAGAAAUAAAAAGGAAAUCAUAAGUGUAAUGACAGAAUUACCAAAAACCGUAAUUUCUAAUAUCUCUCAAUCAUUUUCUACCGUAAAAGGUGACAAAUCUACAUCAGAAAGCAGCUCAAAACGAGAUGCAGAGCUCACAAGACAAGAAGAGUCGAUAAUCAAACUGUUUUCAUCAAUAUCAGAUGGAGUUGGCUCAAGUAUUGAACGUUUCAACUUCAUUAUGAUAUUUUUGAUUGUAAUUACCUCAUGUUUGGGAUAUUACUUGUGUAUGGAGUGUUUCACGAAAGCAUCUGAUAAUAUCUUCUAUAACUGUCAUCAUAUUAACUAUCUUUACGGCUCAAUUACGUUCCUUUUCUCAAUUUUCGCGAGAAUAUGGAAAAUUGUUUUGGAAAAUGCUCAUCCAACAUUCCAAGGAACAUGUAUCAACGUAACAGAUGAAGUUUCUAAUAUAGAAAGAAUCAUUCCUCUUCAAAGCGAGUAUUUUUUGAAGAUAAGAUUUGGCGGUAGCGAUAAGAACGAAGUUCCUUUCGACGGAACCGCGGAAACGGUUAAAGAGGCCAGUAUCCUAUUGUCUUGCGAAAAUCCUUUGAUUCCUCCUACAGAUAUCCCCGAAAGUGUACAUUGUUUCACUGCUCCUCAGCAGUUGUAUUACACAAUAGCUUAUUUGAAGAGAUUAGUAUCAGCUAUGAAAGAAAAUCCACCAAGAUAUCCGAAACCAAGGGGAGAUGGAGUAAAUCAGGGUUGGCAAGUCGGACCAAUAGAAUUAUACGAAGCUUUCUUCUAUCCAGCAGGAAUAAAGCUCGUUCCUUCAUUGGUAGAUAGCAUUUCACGCCAAAAGAAACAGUUACAAAUCAAUUCAAUAGCUUUCAUCCUUGUCACUUUUGGGUUGUCACUUUUUAUUCUUUACUCAGCGAAGAAUGAAGAUAUUAUGAUGAAUUUUGCAUUAAAACAGGUUCUAAGAUGUCCAACAACUGUUAUUAUGCAAAAUUCAAAGAUAAUUGACUUGUUGAGCGGAAAUUAUUCGAAAUUUGAUGAAGAAGAAACGAAUAUCAACUUCUCGAAUGAGAUUUUCAACAAGUUAAAUGAUGUUGUCAUAGUCUGCCAAGAGGAAACAGGUAAAAUUGUCACUGUAAACAGCAGAUUUAAAGAAAUCUUUGGAGAUAUCGAUGUAAAAACGAUCAAAGACUUAUUUACUAGUGAGAGAUUCGAGUCAAAAUCACUCAAUAAGGUAUUCUCACAGCAAACAGAGCUUGUUUACAAGAACAUUUACUUUGAAUUUACAAAUACUCUUUCGAGUGGCAACAGAAUCUAUUUUGGCACCGAUAUAACAAAGAACGUGAUGCACGAGAAGCUGAUAACAGAAGAGAAGACUAAAUCCGAUGCCAUGUUAGCGAGUAUUUUACCACCUAUGUUAGUUUCACGAGUUCAAGCUGGCGAAAAGAACAUUUCUUUCUCAGUACAAUCAGCCACAGUUCUUUUCUUGGAUGUCGUAGAGUUCACACCAUGGUGCGGCUCUCACGAUGCACAUUACGUCAUGAGAAUGCUGAACAUCAUGUUCAAGGAAUACGACGCGAUCACUAAUUCACACAAGACAAUGACUAAAAUCAAAUGCAUCGGAGACUGCUACAUGGCUGCAGGAGGCAUCUUCGACGAGGUGAAUCAGCCUGCAGUACACGCGAAAGAGGUCGUUGACUUCGGAUGCCAAGUCAUCAAGAAACUCCUCGAGAUCGACGAGAGAGAGAACGAGUCACUGAGAAUAAGAGUUGGUGUAAACACAGGAGGUCCGAUCGUUGCUGGUGUCAUCGGAACAGAGAAACCAACAUUCGAAAUUUUGGGUCCUGCAAUCAACAUCGCACACGAAAUGGAACAUCACGGUGUUCCAAUGAAAGUACACAUCUCUAGACCUGUCUACGAACUCAUCUACGGUCAGCAGUUCGAUAUAAAGGAACGAGGUGAAAUAGAUGUCAAGGGUGGAAAGAUGUUCACUUACUUAGUUGAACCAUAA